AUUGCAGUCGCGUUCGAAAUGUCGUUGGAAAUCGUCUGUUCUCCUGUUACUUGCUUGUUCGAUUGACUUUGACUUUGCUGCCGGACAUACCUCAUGCUCCUAGACACUGUUUGCGAUGACGAAGUCGGAAGUGUUUCGAAACUCUAAGCGGACACGGUCACAACUCACUUUGCCAGACUUCAGCUUCGAUCUUGGCCGCUCUCCUCUUAAAGAUGCUCGAGUUGCUCUGCGGCAUAACGUCGUUUCUGCAUCUGUUACGGAGGAUGUGAUACCAAUGGCCGAUGGUGAAGAUGGGAGACGGCUAUCUUUGUCGAGGACACCACCGAAGCGACCUGGGUCACCGUUGAAGGAUACCGUCGCGCAGUGCGAAAGAGAGCUGAAACGGAUGAAGUGGGAUUCUCCUCAGGACCGGAGUGUGGACUCGUCACAAGUAUUGGAACGACAUAGCGUCGAUCCAUCUUUGCGGCCUUCGACGUCACGUAAACCUGCCUCCAUGUCCUCGAUAGCUUCGCCCAAAGCGGGAUCCAACUCAACACCUACUAGCGUCAGGCGUGCUCAAUCCGUGCCACCGCAGAGCUCUACUCCAAAGCCUUUGAUUCCAUAUAUUGACCUUAGACGAAUGUCGCCCUCGCCAUGGAGGUCUCCUGCGAAGAAGAAACUCAGGAUCGCUUCUGUACCCCCGAUGGAUUCUAUACCUGAUUCUACCGAAGCCACUGGAGGCCCUUCUCCUAUUCACGACCUACGUUUGAUGACAAAACCUUCAUCUACAGAGCAUCCGGUUGAGGUAGCGAUCGCAGUCGAAAUGGAUGCGGACAUGUCUCUUUCUAAUGAGACAACGCUAACUGGGACACCAGUGUUAGAAGACAAGAUUUUGUCCAAAUCGCCUAAAUCUCUUCGCAUUGAUGCACCCCAACGGAAGCCUGCAUCUACGAAUGAAGACGAUCCGAUGGGCUCGUCGCCAUUAUCCUCCCCACCGUCCUCCUCGACCCCUCCAGAACACGAUACCGAUCCGAAAUGUGCCAUGCAGAUAAUUCCUCCACCGUCCACAGACACACCUGCGCGUCCCCCGCCUCCUGCUUUACCACGUUCACCAACAGAAUCAAUCACGCGGUCGCAACCAUCUCUAUUACAACAAGGAUCUAGUAAUUCUGAGCGAAUAGUGGAGUCCCUCAGGAAUUCGGUAGAGACACUGACUGCUGGUAUUCGCUCGGAGUCAAGGCCGAAGAUUUCUACUUCUUCAAUUGCGUCUUCGUCUUCGUCCAGUCGUCUACCAAGGCCUAGCGCUGCACCUCCCCCGGCACCCCUUCCCGUAGCGUCUUCGUCAAAAGCGAAGUUCGAAUCACCUCAGGACGGUAAUCCCACGCCUGAAGAAGCGAAGGCAUCAUCAAGGUCUGAACCUUCGAAAGCGCAACCGAAAAAGCAAUCCCGUAUCAGAGCUAUGAAGCCUAAAGCCGUUGCCACUGGAACUACUUCAAUUCCGUUAGGUGGACGUAUGACGCGGUCAGCAUCGCUGAGACAGCAGGAGAAUAAGAAGAAAGAGGAAACAGCCACUCCUAUUGCAGAUACAUCUAAGACGCCAGUAAGACCAGCGUCGAGGGCUAGUACGAAUCUUUCACGUCCGACUUCACGAGCAGGGCCUUCCUCUGCUGGAGACAUGCUCGUACCUCUCAAAGACGAACCUCCCGCUUCUGCAAAUACUCCAGGGAGGACCCUAGGUCGAAAGCGCUCCAAAUCCUUUGCCUAUGCUCAACCGACGUCGAGCUCAGCAGCGAAGUCCAACCCCAAUUCUCCUGUCAAACCCCGGAAUGUCACCGGUACCCUCGCCGGUGCAAGGUUGCCUACACUUAAUCGUGACCGCUUUUCAGUUCCUCCUCCCGCAUCCUCACUGUCGAAUCUGUCAAUGGCUUUAGAGAAGUUGAACGCACCGCCACCCUCGAGGCCGAAUACGAGUAUGGGAUUCAACAGAGCGAUGAGUGCGGCACCUGGUAUGAUGAACGACGGGGACGAAUGUUCCGAAGACGGGUUGAGAGGAAAGCGAAGAUCGACUAUCGGAAAUGCAAAGGGAAAGGCGAAGGAUGACAGUCACCUCUCAUCUUCCACGUCGACUACAAAUUCCAGUUCCUGGUCUUCCCUGAGUGGAAAACCAGCAUCCUCCAUUGCAGCCCUAGGCUCAAAUCCAAGACAGAAAACACCUGCCCCAUUGGGACGAUCAGCUACGGUCGGGUCGUUUGGCGCACCUGGAACAGCAUCCGCAGCACCCCAGCGACAUUCAGAGCUCAUGCUACCACCUCCUGUACCUAAGGCGGCAUCUUCGAAGCCUCCUUCCGAGGUAGGCCAAUCUGCGAAGAGAAUCAAUCUAUCGUCAGGUAUCAUCGCAGGGAGGCCGAAAGGCAAGAUCGCAUUUGGUUCAAGCAGCCGCCAAAGUCAUGCAUCAUCUUCAGUCGCUGGUUCAAGUACUAGUGCUGGUACUGGCCCGAGUUCCAGUGCAGGGACAGGUGUGAUGCCAAAACCGCGAAUAUUUGGUGUAGGUUCAUUUGCUAGCGGUCUUGGCAAACGGAUAGGAAAUCGUGUCGUACAUAGGGCAAGUAAGCCCAGCCCUCUGCCUAUGGUUGAAGGAAGUCCUGUUAAGGGUGGGUCUCGCGCGAUAGACGCUAUGGAUGAAGAUGCAGAAGAACAAGAACAAGGCCGAAGUGUCGGUAUGUUUGAUUUCGGUGAACCAGAGGGGAGUAGGAUGGAAGUAGAUGAAGCAGUCUCUUUGGAGGAUCUUCGAGCGAAUGGGACACGUACUCCAACGAAUGACCUAGAAACCUCCGAUUCAAUGCCUUUCCCUGAUGGUUCCGAAUCCGAGAAAGUCGAUAAGGAGAAAGGCAAAGAAAAAGCGCCUAGCUCAUGGAGGCAUAACGCCUCUCGUCGGGCAUCCUUGGCUUCUCAGCUCCUUUCUCAAUCCCUCUCUUCCCUUCCACAGACACCUCCACGGUCUGCUGCUUCGGGUGGCAAGGGGAAGGGUCGUGCCGCGGGUAGCUUCCCUCCAUCGUCUUCUCAAGUCGCUGGAAUGAAGACCGCUCCUGGCGUUCUGGGUCGAACCUCAGAUGUUGGUGCGCAUGUUUCUGCCCACGGCAAGGCAGGUGUUGGUGCAGCCGUUGAGGGUACAUCUGGAGGUCUAGCUGCUCCCAAUGGUGCUACUGUGGGUUCGUUGAAGGUGCUGAGAGAUUGUACUAUAUUUGUGGAUGUGAGGACGGAUGAUGGGGAUGAUGCUGGUGGACUGUUCGUGGAUAUGUUGAGAGGCAUGGGUGCCAAGAUUCUGUCCCGGGUAGGGCAAACUUGCACCCACAUCGUGUACAAAAACGGGUUGAUGAGCACCAUCACAAAAUACAGAUUACACCAGGAUCCCAAGCCUCACGUAGUCGGUAUCGCAUGGGUUGUGGAAUGUGUCGAGAAGCGGGCUCGCGUCGAUGAGACAAAGUUCCUGGUCAACCUUGAUCUUGUCAAUGUUGCCGGAACGAACAAGUAUUGUUCUUCACACAGCGUCGACGUUCGAUGCUCCCUAAGCACCUCUUCAACUCGCCCGUCGCUCCUUCUACGGUCUCACCUGCCUUCUCCAAUCACGCUGAGGGCAAUAGUCGUACAGAGGACAGGUCAUCAUCGCCAUUGACUGGCUCGGACGACAACAGCCCAAGGGCAAACACUUCACUAGACGACCUCCCUCCUCUGGAAAGGGCCCGGAGACGAAAGAGUACAUUGCUCAAUCACGGUAUCACGAGAACAUAAUGAUUUGCAUCUGUUACACUUCUUUUUCAGUACAUUGUACUAUCCCCCUCAAUCAUGCAAUUUUCAACUCGGUAUUCAAUAUUCAAUCCCCAUUAUUCACAUUCCUCAAACCUAUAUAUAUCCUGACGCAUUUAAUGUUAUUCGUUCUGGUUUAUGCAAUUGUUCAUAUUCGCCAUCCACUAUUACCUUACUAUUGCCUCCUCGUCCUUUCAGCACGGUGUCUUUCAUGGUCCACACUUUGUAAAAUCGACGCACUGUGCCCGAUUUGGCAGGGCGCAUCAAUGCAUCAAGAUUGAUGGGUGUUGGC